AUGUUAACAUAUUACCAAACACCACAAGAACGUGCGAUGUUCAUGUCGGCUGUACUCUUAUCUCAACAGUAUAACAUAACAAUGAAUGGAAAACAAUUUGCCUAUCGUCUCGAGGCAAGAGAUCAAAAACAUAUACUACAUGUCAUAGUUAAAUCAUCAACAUUGAGUAGUGCCCUGGGAAAUCUGAAUUCAGAUGUCAUAUGUUGUCUUAAAUUUCGUUUGAAUGAAGAGACUGAUCUUACUUUGAAAGAAAAUCUUUGUCCAACUACCAGUGAUACUACGACGGCUUGGUCUCAAAAUGAAAAUGUAUGUAGUCAUAUUCUUGAAGUAGUUCGACAGUUUAUUGAUUUUACUGCGACAAAUAUUAAAACGAAGAAAAUGUGUUUUAUUGCAAAUGAAAGUUAUUUUAAUGAGAAUGAACAACGAGCUAAAAUAAUUCUAUAUCAAAAUGGAAGAAAAAAGGAGAAUUUUCGAAUAACAACGAAAAUGAAUGCUCCAAGAUGUAUGUCAAUGUUUCCAGGAGAUGAUGAAACGGUCGAUGACGAAAAAGAAAAUCCUUGGACAGUUACGUCUACAGGUGAUAUCGCGUCUAAACACCUUAUUGUAAAGGAUUUGAAAGCUGAAAAGAAUUAUGUAUUUAAAUUACAAGCUAUGACAGUUGUAGGAUUUAGUCCACCGGUUUGA